GGGAAAAUUAACAUUGGUUAAAGCAAAUGUCAUUUCGGGCUUCACUUCACCUUUCGAUGAGAGAAAAAGCAUAUCCGGUAAGCCCGGCCCCGAGUUUUUGAGCGUUCCGCACGUGACCAUGAGAACGUGGAAAUCAGCUGCGACAAUGGGAAUUAGAGCGAUUGCGAUCAAGGCAUUCCAGAAUCGCAUUGCGACUUUGCUACUAUUAUGCUGGCAGGAAAUGAAUCGGACUGGGAAAAGGGGAGGGGAAUGCAUCCUUCAGAGGCUAUAUAGGAGGUUCCAGCAUCUUUUCAGCCUAAGAAUAAUCUUCCCUAGCAGCCCUUGCUCUGCACGCGCUUGUGUCACGCUGGCAUGUAAAAAAUUAAACGUUAUUCCAGCCGAAGCUGAGACACCAACAUGCCCGCAUUUGUCAAUGGCUUCCUUAUCCCCCAUCGGCGAAGGUCAUCGCAGUUGCAAACUUGCAGACGAGUCGGUUAAUGUCCCUCCCAUCAUUCUCCCAAAGUUAAUAAAUGUUACCGUAAUAACCAUUAAGUAAUAACCUUUCAAUAUUUACAUGUCAACCUCACAGAUCAAAUUUCGCGAAAUUCGAAUAUAAAAAUUUCCCUGCACGUUAUGCGUUGUGGGGGAUGGCAGGUUUAUGGGUUAGGCAGUACCAGUUCACAGAAAUUUCUAUGGGUAAUGUGUUAUUUCAGUUAUGGCCUACCACGGUUUCAACUGUAUCAACAUGCCCAUGGCAAAAUAUCAUGCGGAUCCCACGCCAUGCCGACUCCUCGAUCCAUGGAUUGACGAAAAACGAACCACA